CCUCCCCCAUCUCCAUUUCCCCCUUUCCCUCUUCUUCUUCUCCCACAUCUCCUCCACAAAUGGAUCACAUCACCAAUCUCCAAAAACAGAGAUCCCUCUCUUCCAUCGCCGGCCUCUGGCUCGCCGCCGAUCGCCGGAGAACCAUUAACUGCGGCGGAGCCGGGGACUAUGCCGAAUUGUAUCCCUCGAAGCGCUCCUCAACGCUGGGAAGGCUAUUACAGUUGAAAAAACUAUGGCGGAAGGUGAUGAGGAAGAAGAGAAGAGUCUUCGAUUCUUCUUCUCCGACGGCGGCCUCUAAGGUUUCUUAUGAUUUAGAGACAUAUGCACAGAACUUCGAUGAAGGGGCGGCGGCCACGGAGCCGGAGAACUUAUCGCGAUCUUUCUCCGCCCGAUUCGCGGCGCCGCCGGAACUGUUGAGGAGGAUGGGUGGAUGAUAUCUUUUGUGAUUUGUUCCCUCUCUUUUUUGUCUUUUUUUUCCUUUUUUUUUUUUUUUCGGACUCUAUUUUAAGAGAGAUUAUUACGUGCAGUGAUAAGUAUGUGCAGAUUAAUAGCAUCCGUAUAUCCGGAGUACACUGUAACUACACUCCGAGCAGACCCAUCUGCACAUAAUCUCUCUUUUUGUGUUGGAUAUCACUUUGAGCGAAGCAAGAAGAUGAAAGUAUAAUUAAGAAAUAUUUCUAUGUUAGUGAUCUCUCUCUUUGAGAAAAAUUUACGUACGUAAGACAUACACAACGCUACGUAUGUCUGGGAGGUUAUUCAGAGGGUAUUGGGGGGUUAUAUCUGCAUUAUACCCUUGUAAGAUAUCCGUAACCUAUCUGUAACCUACAAAAUCUAUAGAUAUAUGAAAACA